CAGGUUGGGCUCAGCAUGGCGCUGGGCGCUGUCCUGGCUCGAGGGCGGGCAGUGUGCAGACACAAUGGGCUGCUCAUCCUGUCAGUGCUCUCCGUCAUCGUGGGCUGCCUCCUCGGCUUCUUCCUCAGGACCCAGCACCUCUCACCACAGGAGAUUAGUUAUUUCCAGUUCCCUGGUGAGCUCUUGAUGAGGAUGUUGAAGAUGCUGAUCCUACCACUGGUGGUCUCCAGCUUGAUGUCUGGCCUUGCCUCCCUGGAUGCUAAGACCGCCAGUCGCCUAGGCAUCCUCACUGUGGCAUACUACCUAUGGACCACCUUUCUGGCCGUUGUUGUGGGCAUCAUCAUGGUCUCCAUUAUCCACCCUGGUAGUGCAGCCCAGAAAGAGACGACCGAGCAGAGUGGGAAGCCAGUGAUGAGCUCAGCCGAUGCCCUGCUGGACCUCGUCCGGAACAUGUUCCCCGCCAACCUGGUAGAGGCCACGUUCAAACAGUACCGCACCAAGACCACCCCGGUUAUCAAGUCUCCCAAAGGGGCCUUGGAGGAGGGCCCUCCUCGGCAGAUCCUAGUCUAUGGGGUCCAGGAAGAUAAUGGCUCUCGUGUACAAAACUUUGCUCUGGACCUGACCCCCCCAUCCGAGAUUGUCUACAAGUCAGAACCUGGCACCAGUGAUGGCAUGAACGUGCUAGGCAUUGUCAUCUUCUCAGCCACCAUGGGCAUCGUGCUGGGCCACAUGGGUGACAGCGGGACCCCCCUGGUCAGCUUCUGUCAGUGCCUCAAUGAGUCAGUCAUGAAGAUUGUGGCAGUGGCUGUGUGGUACUUCCCCUUUGGUAUUGUCUUCCUCAUCGCUGGCAAGAUCCUGGAGAUGGAUGACCCCAAGGUGGUGGGAAAGAAGCUGGGCUUCUAUGCUGUGACAGUGGUAUGCGGGCUGGUGCUCCAUGGCCUUCUCAUCCUGCCACUCCUCUACUUCCUCGUCACCAGGAAGAACCCCAUUGUCUUCACCCGCGGCGUUCUCCAGGCUCUGCUCAUUGCACUGGCCACCUCCUCCAGCUCAGCCACACUGCCCAUCACCUUCAAGUGCCUGCUGGUGAACAACCACAUCGACCGGCGCAUUGCCCGCUUUGUGCUGCCUGUGGGUGCCACUAUCAACAUGGAUGGUACCGCACUCUACGAGGCUGUGGCCGCCAUCUUCAUUGCCCAAGUCAACAACUAUGAGCUGGACUUUGGCCAGAUCAUCACUAUCAGCAUCACAGCCACUGCGGCCAGCAUUGGGGCAGCCGGCAUCCCACAGGCGGGGCUUGUCACCAUGGUCAUUGUACUUACCUCUGUGGGACUGCCCACUGACGACAUCAACCUCAUCAUCGCUGUAGACUGGGCUUUGGACCGCUUCCGUACCAUGAUUAACGUGCUGGGUGAUGCGCUGGCGGCAGGGAUCAUGGCCCAUAUCUGCCGGAAGGAUUUUGCUCGGGACAUGGGCACCGAGAAACUGCCACCCAGCGAGACGAAGCCAGUGACACUGCAGGAGAUUGUGGCCACCCAGCAGAAUGGCUGUGUGAAGAGUGUAGCUGAAGCCUUGGAGUUGACCCUUGGCCCCAUGUGCCCCCACCACAUCCCAGUCCAGGUGGAACAGGAUGAGGAGCUGACCACUGCCAGCCUAGACCACUGUACCAUCAAGAUCAGUGAGCUGGAGACCAACGUGUGAGCCUGCAGGACUUCAGUGUCAAGCCAGGCCUUGGGGUUGGAACUAAACUCAUGACAUGCCUGGGCAUGAUUCCCAGCAGAGCCUGAUUCCCAAGUUCCUCCCACCCUGACAGGCUGGAAUCAGCUAUUGAUGGAAACACAGUCUCUGAGAGGAGAUGGCCACAUGAAGGAGCCCUAGCCAGCAAGUCAUGGGCCCUCAUAGCCUAAGCCUAGCUGUGACAGUUUCUACUGCACGAGCCUGCAAAGGUACCAGGUAGGGAGCAUUGCUUCCAUCUUGUAGAGGGACAGUUUUGGGUCCUGAGAACUAAAACCACUUGCCCAAAUUUUGGGCAAGAAAUGCCAGGGCCGGGAUGCUAACUUGAGUCAGUGGAGGCCUGGUUACUUCCUUCUGGUGUGCAGGGUGGCUUGCAGGGCCAGUGAGAGCGGCUCUGCCCUCUCCAAAGCCACCACUACUUCCAACUUUUGAAGACAUAGUAACAAUGUCCCUGUUUCUGCCCCAGCUGUGUCCAGGCCAGGCUAGCCUCUGUCCCACCCCACAGCAUGUGGUUCAGCCUAACAGCUCCCCAAAAAGACCGGCCCAUCCCAGGGCAGAGACCUUCCACAUGCCACAGCCUACCCAUUUCUGUCCAUCAGCUCAUCUAAUGUGGAAACGGAUAUCUUCAGUCGGCCUGGAAGGCCCCAGGGGCAUAGCUAGGCCAGCCCCCAGUAGGAUAGGUGAGCAGGAUGGGCCACAAAGAGAGAGGCUCAGCCUGGGGCACUCUGGCCAAGGGACCAGCAACAUCUUGGGGGCAGAACUUCCCAAAGGCUUGUUGUGGCAAAAUGGAAUGAGAGUUCCUAAUUCUUUCUGUGUUUUCAAACUGUGAUAAAUAAAGGUGUUUGGCUUUGCAAGAUUUGUAGAUAUAGUAGACUGUAUACUGGUGGUGUUUUGUUUUUUUGAGACAGGGUUUUAGCGCUGGCUAACCUGGUACCCAUUAUGUAGACUCUGGCCUUGAACCCGUGGCAAUCCUCAAGCCUCAGCCUCUUCAAGAGCUGGGAUUAC